AUGGACAGUGAAGAAGAAAGGAACCAAACUGGAAAUUGUUAUGCUGGUUUAUCUAACUUGCAGAUGAGAGCUCUCAAUGACUCUAUGGCUAACCUUAUGAAUGCAGGUUUGGAACAGAUCCAUCUCAGACUUGAUGAGAUCCAAAACAGCCAACCGGCCCGUUCUAGAACCAGGCGAGAUCGCCCACAGAGGAACAACCGGCCAAAUGAAGAAGUCGGAGAGGAGGAGAACCAAGAUGAUCGAUCCAUCAACCGUCCUAGGAGAGGUACCCAAAACCGUGAUCAAGGUGAUGUCAAUCCUUUUGCUAGAACUGAACGAACUGAUGAGGGUUUAUGUGGGGUGAAACUUAAGAUCCCAACUUUUGAUGGUAAAAACGAUCCAGAUGCUUUUCUUGAAUGCGAAAGAAAAUAUGAACUUGUUUUUGAUUGUCAAAAUUUUUCUGAAAUGAAAAAGGUUAGAUUGGCCGCAGCUGAGUUUGUUGGGUAUGCUAUUAACUGGUAUGAUCAAGUUGUGACUCACAGGAGAAGGAAUGGCGGACCACCAAUCUCUACUUGGGAUGAUCUCUCGACCAUGAUAAGGAGACGGUUCGUUCCAAGACAUUACCACCGGGAACUCCACCAACGACUCAGACGUCUGCUACAAGGAACCAAAUCCGUGGAGGACUAUCACCAAGAGAUGGAGGUCUUAAUGCUCAAGGCGGACGUAGACGAGCCCUUAGACGCCACUAUGGCCAGAUUCCUUUCAGGUCUCAACCGAGACAUUCAAGAUCGAAUGGAGCUUCAGGAGUAUGUUAGUAUGGAACAAAUGCUACACAAGGCUAUUCUGAUCGAGCGGCAAACCAAAAGAAAGAGCUACGCUAAACCGGCCUUUGCCCCCAAACCUAACUAUCAAGACAAAGGUAAGUCUCCGAUCACAACAAAUACUUGUUUUAAGACUAAUGCCCUGGCUCGUGAUGACAAAGGUAAAGCAGUUGAGACUAACAACCGAGCAAGAGACAUUCGGUGCUAUAGAUGUCAAGGCCUUGGCCACUAUGCCAGAAAGUGUCCAAACCAGAAAGUGAUGAUCCUCUUCGAGACUGGCGAAGUAGAGUCCGAGGAGGAUCACGACGAUCUAGAGGACGAGGACGACCACAGUCCUAUAUUUAAUGAGGAAGGAGAGUCCUUCGACUAUCCACACCAAGGGCCACUUCUAGUCGCCAUGAGAGCCAUGGACGAAAGCCUUGUUCCGAUCUUUGAAGAACAUUCAUACAUUGAUCUAGAACCGACCUUUGAUGAGACACUUGAGCCGAUCUAUGAUGAUGAGAACGAACAUCUCGACUACCCAGCUCACGGUCCACUUCUUGUUACCAGAAGAACAUUGAGUGUUCAACCCAAAACCAAUAAACGAGAACAAAGGGAGAAUCUUUUUCAUUCUCGAUGCUUAGUUUCAGAUAAAGUUUGUUCUUUGAUUAUUGAUGGUGGUAAUUGCACUAAUGUUGCUAGUGAUUCUCUUGUCAGGAAGCUUGGACUCAUUGACUUCGUCUCAUGUGCAUCUCUUCCAAACCGGCCAGAUUACCGAACCAAUCUAGUGGAGACGAAGGAACUUCAUAGAAAGAUUGGAGAGCUUCUUGAGAAGGGAUACAUCAGGGCGAGCCUUAGCCCUUGUGCUGUUCCUGUCCUCCUUGUGCCCAAAAAGGAUGGCUCCUGGCGCAUGUGCGUGGACUGCCGAGCCAUCAAUAACAUUACAGUAAAGUAUAGGCUUCCAAUCCCUAGGCUUGAUGACAUGCUAGAUGAGUUGCAUGGCUCCUCUGUUUUUUCUAAAAUUGAUUUGAAAAGUGGAUAUCACCAAAUUCGAAUGAAAGAAGGUGAUGAAUGGAAAACCGCAUUCAAAACUAAACUAGGAUUGUAUGAAUGGCUUGUCAUGCCAUUUGUCCUUACCAAUGCACCUAGUACAUUCAUGCGUUUGAUAAAUCAUAUCUUGCGGUCCUUUAUUGGCCAUUUUGUUGUUGUCUACUUUGAUGAUAUUCUCAUUUACAGCAAUAAUUUUGAGGAUCAUAAAUUGCUUUUGAAAUCUGUUCUUGAAGUUUUUAGGAAAGAACGUUUGUUUGCUAAUCUUGGUAAGUGUUCUUUUGGGACAGAUCACAUGGUCUUCUUAGGAUUUGUUGUAGGUGCAGAUGGAAUCAGAGUGGAUGAGGAAAAGUUCAAGGCCAUACGAGACUGGCCUAGUCCAACGACCGUGGGAGAGGUAAGAAGCUUUCACCUCCUGGCCGGGUUCUAUCGAAGGUUUGUCCAGAACUUCAGCUCUAUAGCCGCCCCUCUCACCGAAGUAAUCAAGAAGAACGUUGGGUUCAAGUGGGAACAAGCCCAAGAAGAGGCGUUUCAGAUCCUAAAAGGGAAGUUGACUCAAGCCCCAUUACUUGUUCUUCCUGAUUUUUCUAAGACUUUCGAAAUCGAAUGUGAUGCCUCGGGUGUAGGUAUUGGUGCUGUCUUGAUGCAUGAUAGGAAACCUAUUGCUUAUUUCAGUGAGAAGCUUGGAGGAGCCACGUUCAACUAUCCUACCUAUGACCAAGAACUGUGUGCUUUGGUCCGGGCCCUUCAGACGUGGCAAGACUACCUUUGGCCUAAGGAAUUCGUCAUUCAUACGGAUCACCAGUCUUUGAAACAUCUCAAGGGCCAGCAUAAGUUGAACAAAAGGCAUGCCCGUUGGGUCGAGUUCAUUGAGAUAUUUCCUUAUGUGAUCAAGUACAAGCAAGGUAAGGAAAACGUGGUGGCUGAUGCCUUGUCCAGAAGGUAUGUUCUUCUUUCCACUCUUGAGACCAAGUUUCUUGGGUUCGAGUUUAUCAAAGACUUGUAUGCAACUGAUCCAGACUACUCACCCUUGGGUAGAUAUCUUUAUGGAUUUCAUGCUUGGAUUGCCUAA